AGCAUGAGCUGGUUUACCAUUAAACCUCACAUGAAGAAGAAGUGUCACAUGGCUGGAGUGUUUGUUCCCGUGAUCAGCUGUGAGAGAGUCAGAGCACUGAUGGAUCAGCUGGAGUUCAGCUCACACACUUCAGUCAGGUGACGCAUCGUGUGAUUCCAGUCUCAGAUCAGUGACUGAAGAGCAGAGGUGAAGUCGAAGGGCAAGUUAAUGUGGUCUCCACAUCCAACCUCACUGGAUCCCAGCAGGAAUGAAUAUGGUCCUGCUGGAGAAGAUACUGGAGAGAAGACGGCCGUGUCUAUACAGACAGCAGCUGACCCUACAUUCACACAAACAGCAGGUCAGUUCUACGUGAUGAUGACUCCUUCAGAUGUUCUGCAUUCUGCCUCUCAGCAGACUAUAGCUCCACGCACACAUAUGUACACUGUGAAAAUGGACAGUCCGCUGCGCACUCCUAGAGAUACGAGGAGAAGAGCACAACAUAAUGAAGUUGAAAGGCGACGGCGAGACAAAAUCAACAACUGGAUUGUGAUGCUCUCAAAAAUCAUCCCAGACUGCAGCAUGGACGGCACCAAGACUGGAGCGAGUAAAGGUGGGAUCCUGUCAAAGGCGUGUGAUUACAUUGGCGAGCUGAAGCAACAAAGCCAGCGGCUGCAGGAGAGUUUGAGAGGUGUGGAGAGAGUGCAGAUGGACAAUGAGCUGCUCAGGCAGCAGUUGGAGGAGCUCAAGAGCGAGAACGCCCUUCUGCAAGCACAGCUGGAGCAUCUUGGCACUGACACGAUCACAGACGCCUCUGCACAAUGAACCUCAGACAUCCUGGGAAAGAGAUUCUGGCCAGUCCAAAUGAAAAAAGGCCCUCGACUGAAGUGGGUCGAAUGACACACGCUGGCUUGUGCUCAAGAGUCUGUCUCAGUGUCUGGAUCAUCUUGAGCGCUGGAUGUCUGAUAUGUAUCUGAUAUAGUCACACUUGCUGCAGAUGAGGUCAAAGGUCAAGAAGUUUCCAUUAGAACCAACACCAGGAGCCCAUAAUCCUAAAAGGGGGGCUAUUUAUUCUUCCUAACUAACUUCCAACUAAACGGUGGAAUAUAGUUAGACAGCUUUCAUUGUGUUCUCCCCACUACCCCAGACAUUUUCCUUUUGCUUUUCCUAAUUUUCCAGCUUUGUUGCUUUCAAUUUUGUCUUCAUGCUUUACUUGAAGUUUUAGUUGUUUGUUCAAAGCCUCGCUUAAUUUAAAAUUCUCCCCGAGAACCUCUGCCGCUUUGUGGUGUUUGGGAAGGCCGUGAUGAAAUGUCAUUAGCGGUUCCAGUGAAAUUUAGUGUUAAAAUUGGAACAAAAGCACCUGCACGUACGGGUCCCGCUGAAAGAAAGCUCUGAUGCAAGAAAAUGAGCUCCGUCUGGGAUUAUUAGCUUCUUAUCUCGGAUCGCCUCCGGAAGACAUCGCCUAAUCUAAGAAGCAAAUGAGAAAAUAUUCACAAAGCUUUCGAGGAUGCUUUGGAGCUAAAUGCUGGACAUACAUCUCAGGACUGAAGAAAUGUUUGUUAUUGUGUGUUUUAUUCUGUUACCUUAACUUAAUCGCCAGGUCCAAAAGCCCUGAAAAUUUCUUGGUUCCUCAAAAGUUAUGGUUUUGUUCUUAGUUUACUUGGUUGAAAGUGCCUGAACUUUUUGUGUUAUUUUUAUAUAAACAACUUUAAGAGUUUUGUUCCAAACUGUUAUUUUAUUUCAUAAUUCAAGUCAUUAUUCACUGAUUAACCAUUGCUCUAAAAUCAAAUAUGGCAGCAAGAGAGGUGAAGACUAAUGAAGUUUCCAUAUUUGAUUUAAAAAGCGAUAACAAAGAUUUUUAGUGAAUAAAGACUGUUCUGUUCCUCAUAUAAAUCUGUUGCAUGAUUUCAGAAAUCUUGGGAUAUAGUAAACAAGUUGUAUGGACUAUUUUUAUUUUAUUUUAUUUUAUUUAACUUUUUUAUAUUUUAUUAUAAUUUCAUUAUUUUUAUUUUAUUUUAUUUUAUUUUAUUUUACUUCUUUAUUUUAUUAUUUCUGCUCCUCACAUGAAUUUGUUGAGUGAUUUCAGAAAAUAAUUUUUAUUUCAUUUCAUUUUAUUUUCAGGUCCAAAGUCCCUGAUUAUUUUUUUUUCUUUUUUUUUUACAAGUAGGCCUACGUGCAAUCCACAAAUGUUCCAAAUAGCCAUUUUGUUCUUAGUUCUCCAUAGUCCAAGUCAUUAUUCACUGAUUAACCAUUGCUUUCAAAUCAAAUAUGGCACCAAGAGAUGUGAAGACUAGUGAAGUUUGAUGAUGAUUUGAUGUGAUACACUUAAAGGUUCCAUAUUUGAAA